CACUCCUCCCUCAGCAUCUCAAAAGGCUACUGAGUGAGAAUCGAUGGCGCAGAGGCCCGCCUGACAGGACAAUAAAAACCCACAAAGAAGCGAAGAGAGUGAUGUACCUGUUAUGGGAGUUCAGCGCAGGGUGUCUGGCCUCCCAGGCCCUGUUUCACUCCCUGAUGUGUGGCCUUUGAGAUGUCCACCAUCCCUCGAUCCUCCCGCUCUUAAUGGAGCCCCCAUUUUCUGAGUUGAAAUGGAGGAUGAAGAUGGCACAUGUUUACUUGAUGUGUUGUGUGACCCGCAAGCCCUGAAUGACUUUCUUCAUGGGACAAAAGAGCUGCUAAGUGGAGACCUGCUCAUUAAUCCUUCCUCUGGGGAGCCGUCCCUGUUCACAGACACGCCGAGCCCUGUCUCUUUGUUGGCAGACGAUGCUGGCUCUCAUGACACGCCUAUAUCAGGCUGUGUGGAUCUCUCCUUCCUGGAUGAGGCCUUACUGGCCUCACCAUCAGGAGGAGAAGAUUCUGAUGAGGUAUGCGAACCUCCACAAGUUGAGGCAGAAGUGCCACAACAACAGGAAGAGGAGGAGGAGACAUGUGACAUCCUACAGCAGAGUCUCCAGGAGGCUGACAUCACUGAACACACACUGGCUUUAGAGGCAGGUCUUGCCCAGUCUAGUGACGCACUCUCUCUCUACCCAUCUGGUAUACCCCCACCUUCGCCUCCAUAUAUGUCUAAGCCACUGAACAUGUCUGGGAUCACAACAUUACCCAGGGACACACAAGUUGCAGUGGAGCCUCCUCAACCAUCCCUGUUGGCUGUGGGCCCAGGUUGCCCCUCACUCAAGCCCGUACCACCCCAGUUAAUGGGACUACUACCUGGGAAUGUCUUUCCUGCACCUCCCACAUCUGACACAGCCUUCUGCCUGAGUCGUGCACAGGGUUCAAACAUGAUCAUUCACAAAACCCUACCAGGCCUUACACUGAGCCCUGCUGUUAGGACAGCAGCACCGCCAGAGAUUAUAUUGCAAAGGACCCGUCUGCCCAUACAACCCAAGCUGCCAGUCAACAUCCAGCCUAGACUGGUACAGAUAAGCCCAAAACCAUCAGAGCAGAAAUCAUCUCCAGGACUUAGUUUCAUUCCUUCUGCUGGAUCACAAAAUAUCUUGUUGUCCUCUCCGGUAGGCCCCAGGCAGCCUCUGCCAUCACAGUCUACCACACUGAACAAACCUGUGAGUUUGCAGCUAGUCAACCAGGGAGGCUCAAUUGUUUUUCAGCCACAGAGUCUUUUUCAGGGCCAGAGCCACUUUAUAUUACCUAGUCAAGGUUCUGUAAACCAGUCUGCAAGUGUCUCUAGGCCGCUACUCAGCACGCCAAACAAUCAAAUGCCAAGCGCAGCCCCUUUGGCAGGACAACUUGUUGAUGGCUCACAGAUUGUAACAGUACGCCCCAGGCAACUAAAUUUUAGCCCUGUGUUUACCACUCCGACUGGACAGCUCACACUCAGGCAGGGAGCUCUCCUGUCCGGACCCCUGCAGCUUCAGUCAGCACCUCCUACCGUCUUCCAGAUGCCGGCGCAGCUAGCGGGGACCUACUCUGCUCAUGCACAGGGGCAACAUAGUGGUGUUGUCCACACUCCUGCCUUAGGAAAGCAGAUCACUUUGAUCAACACUCCUGGUGUGCUUGCUCCUGAUAUGACCGCCAUAUCAAUAGUGAACGGACCAUCCGUAGUGCAAAGCUUGCCCUUUGUGUCACAGACACAGAGAUCUCUGGCAGGGCCCCCAGAGGAGCAGCUAAGUCUUCCACAGACCCCAAUGCUUCUACUGCCUGAGAGAACUGCAGGAGAUAAAAAUGCAACUAAUGAACAAAUACAGAAUACCUUACAACAAGACACCCUGUCUCCUCCAGUUUCAGUGCAAGCUGACGUUGCCAAAAUGCACACGCAGCCUUCCCCAGUCAUUACACUUUCGCAGGCACCACCAGAGAGCAACAAUUCCCCUGAGCCUGUCACAUUAUUGUCCAAACACAUAAUUACGCACCCAGAGAAGCAGCAAGCUGUUGAAAGAGCCCACAGAUCACCAAACCAAACAUUCGCGCACCAUAGCCUACAGGAAGCACUUAAUCCUUCAGCCUCUGCUGAGUCCCUGGACAGUCACAUCUCUCCUGCCACUAGUGAGACAGAGUCCUCAUCCAUGGUCCUUGCUGUGUGUGCCCCAUCUGAGGUUCUCUCUGUGCUAUCCGAGUGUGGAGGAAUCCCCACUCCAGUGCAUUCUGGGUCAGAGCAUGGUGACAUGUUAAUCUCACCACCCAUAACCCAGUGUUCGGGAAGUACUCCUUCGACCAUGUUUCCGACACCCCCACUUUCAGACAGACAACCCUCCUCUGCAUUUGUGGUUCUCAGUGCCAAAAUGCAGGGGCAGGAGGAAUCCAUGCUGUGCAUGAGUCCUUCUUCAACUCCGGAAAAGAUGUGUGUUUCUGAGCAACAGAAUUUAACCAUCCCUGUAUCUGCUAGCCUCAAUGGAGUCCUGGAGCCUGGCCUUAAUGAAGCGCGGGAGCACAUGCAACAAAGCAAACUCAGAGUUCCUGGUGUAGUGGAUGAUGAAGACAUAGCCUCGAUGGACCUGCAGGAGAGUUUCGAAGGCUUGUCAUCCAUGGACACACAGAGCCACACUGCUCUUCAGGUGCCCUGUGUCAGUGUCAAGGCAAGAGAAAGACUCACUCCAGCAAUGCGUCAGCAGAGGAUGAAGCAGCAGUUUUGUUCAGACUAUGACACUGUUCAUAAUCCAAAUACUCGAACUCGGUUCACGUCGCUAGAGGAUGCUGUGAGACACCUGUUGCCCUACCAUACCUGUUCCAGAGCCUUACCCAGCCAAGCUGAUCUUCUUACAGUGGAUAAGCAGUUUGAGAAUGUAUCAGGGCUGCUGCUAAAAUGUACAACAGACAUGCUUAACAAAUACAGGCAGCUCCUUCUGGCAGAGUCUCAGCAAGAAAGUCCUUCUGCCGAGAUGGUGAUGCUAGAACGCUUGUUCCUGCAGUCUGAGCGCCUCUUACUUGGGGAGGAGAGACGUAGAGCAAGAGGCGAUCCAGAGUCCUUCCUGAUGUCCUUGCGUAAAGCAUCAUGGCACCGAGGCAUGCCGCCUCCGCGCCAUUCUGAUGCCUCGGCAAGUCCCCCGUCACCCCCUGCGUGGUCUUUACACUCAGACAGACCCCCAGGUCUUAAAACGUACUGCUCCAGGAGCAGGGGAGCUCUGCGCCUUACCAUCAAGCACGAGUCAGGGUCGCGCAAAGUCAUUCAUAACUCCGCCUGUGACGGGCCACACGCCCCCACCGGACAUAAACGCACCUUAGACAGGCAGCUAACCAACAGAGAUGGGAACGAACAGGAGCGGCAGGAGAAAUCACUCAGCCCUGCAGAGACAAACUCGGGGCGGAAACAAGCAGCGGAUGGUGUGGACAUGAACAGGACAGCCUGCAAUUCCAUCACAAUAUCAGAGCACAAAUCUGAAAGAACGGAGGGAUCAUUUCCAGACGUUCACCCCCCAGAGUUCAAAAAGAGCAAGCUGGAUGUUGCAGACGGUUUGGGGGACGAGGGUGGUCUAAGCGAGCACCUGCAGAGUGCUAUAGACAGCAUCCUGGAGCUCCAGCGGCUUCAGGGACCUGCAGCUCGUCUCAAACCCAAACUGCAGCCCUGUGCGUUGGAGCAGAACAUCAGCUGUGUGCUGGAGGGAGAAAUGUAACACACCGAACAAGACGAGGAAAAACAAGUGCCGCUUCCAUCCUCCAGCUGAGUAUAACCAACACUGUCUGUCUGACAUCCAUAACAGACACUAAAUUCUUAAUUUGUUCAUUCCCACUUUACCUGGGGCUCUGUAUUAGUAAAAGAAAGGACCUGGUGUGAAGAUGAUCAAUUUUAUAAAGGAGUAGAAUGAGAGACCUGGUACAAAUAAAUCAAGUGGAGCACCUAUUUUUUUUUUCUUUUCUUUUCCCCCUAAGAUGCUCCACGGUAAUUUUUAUAAUGUUGGGUUUAGUGUUAAGUAAGGAAGCUUCCAAUGUGCUUGAUUUGUGCCAACAUUGACAACGUUGUCAGUCGCAUUUGCCGAGUGCCUGUGUGUAUUGUCGUCCUUUUUGAAUGUAUGUCUGUGUGAUAAUUGCGAUAAUUUAUGUGUGAAGGGGAAGAGUUUGCUUGGUUCUAUAGAUAUAAUACAGUUUAAGAAAGUUUGUACAUUACAAGUUUAUAGUAUAUGGAUCCUGACAUCCAUUUCAGCUUGUUUAUCCCCAAAGAACACACACACACUUCAUUCUGAAAAUCACCAGCAAAACCUAUUACUGCAUUUAAGAGAUUCUUUUCUUUAAAACAAAUGGUCUCCACUUCAUAUUUGCAUAAGUUAUCGAAAGUAAGAUGUUCUUCAGUUAAAAAUUAGCAGGUGUUACUUUUGUCUGCAGUAAACUGUGAUGCAUCUUAUCGGUUAUCAAGGAGACAAA